AUGACUGAGGUAGAAGAUGCUUUGGAAGACAUAUUAGAAAUUGAAGAUGCUUCAGCAAAACAAGUGGAAUACGAGUCUGAUAUAAAGGUGAAAGAAAAGCAAAGUGCAGAAGACAUGCGAAAAAAAGCUGUGGAAAAGCUAGGAGAAACCCAUAAAAGAAAAGGUGAUAAGAAAAGAAUGAAAUGCAGCAAGAAAUAA